GCGCGAAAUGUGUGGUGCACUGUGUGCUUUUUUGUUUGUCGUAUUAGUAUUGUAAUUUAUUAUAAAAUUAUGGUUAUCUUUGUGGCUAACAUUUGCUUAAUUUAACGUUUUCGACAUGACUGUUAUCUAGCCCUAAAUAAAACGUAAAAGUAUACUUAUAUUUGUGCGCGAGUAAUUCAACGUAAAGGUUUAGAGAAUCAUCAAUGAAGACUACAUAAAAGUGUUUAAGAUGCCAGAAAUUGGGGAUAACAAUUUUUCAUUUGAGUCUAAAGGGUCUCUUCUACGUGAUUCAGACGAAUCCAACGGCUUAGACAAUAAAAACGGGAGUCAAACUAUGGGUAACUUUAGUGACACCGAUGGGGAAGAAGGCCCUAUGGCGCGGAGUAAAAGGCGUAUCCAGAGAUUCACCGAUAGUGGCAGUGAAUCUGAGAAAGAACGUAACGAAAAGGGAGACCUACCUUCAAAAGAACAUGAAGUCAAUUCACCUCUUGGAGAGUUAGCCAACAGUAGUGAAGAUAGCAAUGAUAUUUAUCACGCACCACGUAAGUCAAGACUUUGUAAAAUGUCUUCAAGUGAGGAAUCGGAUACUAUGAUAACUGAUACUGAAAAAAAUGAAGAGCAAUCAUCUCGAAUAAAAAGUAAGAGGAGCAAAUUAAAACAAAAGUUUAAAAAAUUUAUGUCAUCACGUGCAAAAGAUGAGAAGCCUGUUACCAAUAUUGAUGAUGAAAAUAAAUUUGGUGAUGAAAAUAGUCAUAACCCUCACAACUCAGGUGAUGAGGCAUCAUCUAUUGAAAAUACCAAAAAGAUCAUUAAAGAAAAGACAAUACUGAAAAGCAGUUUGUAUGACCCUGACACAUCAGAUGAAGAGGCUGGUUUAGCUAAAGAAAUCUUGACACAGAAGAAAGGGAAAAAGCCUUCCAAUUCUGCACCGGCUAAGCCUGCUAUGAGGAUGUCUGCUAAGCAAGCGAUGGAAAAUAUGCAAAAAAUUAAAAGUGAGUCCAAUCGUAUGUUGAGGGAGAAAGACGUUUCAUUACCAUACCACAGACCCAAGGCAUUGUCCUUGAAGGAUAUCAUGAGCAGAAGAAAGCCAGCUGUUUCUGCCGAUGGGAAGGCCUUACCUAUUAAAAUGAAUGAAGAACAGUUAAAACAAUAUGCGCAACAGUUAGAGCAAAGACAGAAAGAAAUGAUGGAACUUUGUAAAAGUGACACAGAUGAUGAUGAUGAAGAUAAUGAAAAUGAUGCAGAAAAACCAAGCGAGCCAGAAAUGUUAGAAGAAGAACAGAAGGUAGAAAAUCAAGCAGAAAUAUCUAUCCAAAAUGAUACAUUGUAUGAUGAUUUGUCUAUGACAGAAAAUAAAUUGGAUACCAGUGACAAAGAAAAGGAAAAUACAGGAGUAGAGGAAACAAUUGUUGACAACAUUAAUGAGGCUGCUUCUAAUAUAGAAGCUAAUGACUGUGCUAAGAGUAAUGAUGCUAAUGCUGUUGUUAUAACAACAAAUGAUAAUCUGCAACAAACAUUAAUGGACAUAAAUACCUCUGAAGAACAUAAAGAUUUCGAAAAUCAGAAAGAGGGAGACAGUGUCAUAGAUGCAAAUAGUUCAGCAGAUAUGGAAUUAGUGUAUAAUGAUUCAAUGGAAGAAACAUCUGCUCUUGAUUCUGAAAAAGUUUGCCCCACAAGAGAGGUAGAAAAGAAAGAUGGCUGUGAAGAAACUGGUACUGAAGUAGAUAGUCAGUUAAUAACAUUACAUUAUGACACUGAAAAAACGAAUAACUCUGAAGUUGUAAAUCAAAUAGAAGGUAGUGAAAACUUGGCUGUUCCACAACAAUUAAAGGGAGACCAUUUACCUGAGGCUCAAAGAAAAGCAGACAUUAAUAAAAGCAAUGAAUUUUCUGAUGAUGACGUAAACAUGGAGGAUAUAGAUGCACUUAUUGAAAAUGCGGAAAUUAUUGCAAGCCAAAACACGACAGACAAUGUAAAUUCGCCCAUGUUAAUUAAAGACUCAUUGCCUUUCAAAUCUAAACCAAUACUAACUGGUGCUCCUGGUAUGGUCAUUGAUUUAGAUGGUGCUGAUCCCCUAGCACCAAAGAAACUUUCAGGCGUUGAACUCUUGAAGGAACGAUUUACAUUCUUUGCAAAACUUAAAACACCUGAGGAAUUAGAAAGAGACAGAGAAAAAAGGAUAAAACCAGGCGCCCAGCAUCUAAAACUUAAACAAGAACUCGAGGAUCAAAUAGCUGAGCAGCGAUCUUUAGAAUGGGCUAAACGUUUAGAAGAAGAGAAACUUCAGAAAAAGGAGUUAGAGGCUAUCAGGGGUGAAGGUUCAGAUGCCGAGGAAGAUAUUGAAGAAAUUGAGAGAAAGUUAGAGGAAAAAGGUGAUACAAUAGAGAAGGAAUCCAGUUCCGAAAGUGAGGAGGAGGAAGAAAUUGAACAAGCAAUUGUUGAUAAACCGAGAAAACGAAAUCCUAUGGUUGAUGAUGAGGCCGAAGAAUCAGACUGUGACGAAGCUGACAAAGAAGUAGAUGAAGAAAACGUGACAGAAAUAGAUGAAGGAAACGAAGCAGAUAACGAUGAUGAUAAUGAAGAAGAUGACAGUGAGGAAGAAUCAAGCGAAGAAUCUGAAGAAUCAGAAAGUGAACAACAAAAACCAAAGAAAGGCAGAAUAUUGAAAGCUUUUGAAGAUUCGGACGACGAGGAAACUACGAUAGUAUCAGAACCAAAGGAAAUUAAUACUGUUCCUAAGAUGAUAAAUCACGAAGUUGUUCAAAAAGAUAAAACGGCAGGAAAUACAGAUCUUAUAAAAGAAACCCAAGAUGACGAUAUACAGUUGGCUCAAAUGCACAAAUCAUUAUCGGCAGAUCUAUUUACUAGCCAAGAAAGUCACAUUCUAUCUAGUGGCAAAGAAAAUACCAAUACUCCUGCAGAUGGCAGUACUGAUGAAAAAGAUUUCGGCACUCAAACAUUUUCGAUAUUAGAGUCAAGUCAUAAAGAAAAUGAAAAUAUGAACUUAUCUUUGCCUGAUCAAAUGUCUAUUGUAUGUGAUACUCAAGGAUUUGAUGAUAACCUGGAUGCUGUAGUAGGACUGUGCUCCGGAAGUUUUUCUCAGACACAAAAUUUAGUAACUCCGACCCAGUCUGAUGUUCCCGACUCACAAGUAAUAGGGGAUGAUGUGCUGGCUUUAUGUACUGGCAAAUUUUAUGACAACCAGUUUGUUUCGCAACUUGAAAAGACUGUGCCAAUGUCCGAAGAUGCAGAACUAAUUAUUUCUCCAAAAGAUGGCACGAGUGUUAUUGAUAUUGGAAGUCAAAGGAAAACAUCUGACAAUGUUACAAAUGAAAAACAUAACGACAUAAGUCAAAAUGAAGAUAAAAGUCAAACAGAAAUAGAACCCCUCGCCAGCGAAAAUGUUGUAAAUACUAAGAAAAUAGAUGAUGUGAAUCUCAAAUCAAUUCUUGACGAAUUAAACGAUCCAGAGUUUGAUUCUCCGAAACCAAAUAUAUAUUUUGUUCCUAAUGACUACCAAGAUAAAGAAAAUAAAUCUAGUAUUGCUAAUGCUCAAAUGAGAAAGAAAUUUAUUAUUGAUUCUGAUGAUGAAGGACAGGAAAAACCUGUUAAUGAGGUUAAGAAGAAGAAAAAUAAAAAGAGGAAGCUUGAAGAUAGAGCUUUGCAGAUAUCAGAUGAUGAGGAAGAUGAAGAACUAGAUCAAGAUGAAGCAGAAGAUGGUGAGUCUGAUGUAGAAGAAAAUGAAGAAAUAAUUGUUGAAUAUGAUUCUGAUGAAAAUGAGGUGGUAAUUCAACCCCAGAAACCUAAAAAGAAGCGUAAAGCUGCCGAUUUCUUGGAGCAAGAGGCGGAGUUGACAUCUGAAGACGAGUGGAUAGGGUCUGGAGACGAGGACGAGCGCGACCUUGACCGCAUGGAGCGCGAGGAGGGCGACGACGACACCUUCAACCAGAACCAACUGCAGCGGGAACUGGGCCAAAUUCAUAUGCGCGACGUGUUGGAUCAAGAUAAACGUGACGUGAGACUGAUCCAGGAGCUUCUCUUCGAAGACGGAGACCUGGGCGGUGGACACCGGCAACGGAAGUUCCGAUGGAGGAACGCAGAUGGUGAGGAAGUCGAUGGCGCGCCUGACAGCGAGUUCGCCGACACACAAGAGGAAGAAUUUGAGUCAGAAGAACAGUGGAGGAAGCAGAGGCACGAACGAGAAAUGUUCCUCAAAUCAUUGAACGAAGAACCAGAAGACUCGCUGAACGUCAGCGUGAGCAGAACCUCUUUGAUCAAGGCGAAUCUGUCCAAGAAUUCCUCCAGCCUUUUUGUUGAAGUCAACACGAGUGUUGAGAAGACUGAGACCGUGGAGAAGAAGCCUGCUAAGGACAUUCCCAGCCCGAAGAAACCAUUCGCGAUAUUCCAGCAAAACUACCACGGGUCGUUGUUAACACGCGGACGCGGUGCCUUGGCAAGGUUGGCGGCGCUGGCGACGCCACUAGCCACUGACGAUGAUACUCCUAAGACAGGCUCCCUAGCUCCUACUAACAAGAGGAACUUCGUCUUCGCUACCGUGGACAAAACACCCGUAGACGACGAACCUAAGGUAUCCAAAAGGAAAGCAGAGGCAAAGGCUGACACUCCCAGACUGGUCAAAAAAAUGAGGACUGAAGAUAAACAGGACAAGCUGUUCCCGUAUGCCGAGGAGAAUGUGAAGCAGUUCUUGGAGAGCCAGUGGGAGACGGAUGACGUGAAGGAAGUUGUCGCAGCGCUGCGCAAGCUCGCGCUCGAAGACCAGGCCGGUAGCGUCGACGGCGCUGUCGCCAUCCCUGGAGAGGAUGCUUCGAAGGAGGACCAGAUCGAGGGCGUGGUGAGCAGCGUCAAGUGGCAGAUGUCCGCGGACCGCAAGGCGGGCCCGCUCAAGCAGCUGCAGGGGCUCAUCUGGAAGCAGGGCUACGACAAGGGCGAUAUCAAGGGACACGUAUAUGACGACGUAUCCGCUGCUCUAGAUGCGUGGCAGGCCGUCGACGGCCAGAAGGUGUACAUCUACUCGUCGGGGUCGGUGCAAGCACAGAAACUUCUCUUCGGCCAGUCCCUAUCCGGAGACCUCCUCAAGUACAUCGAGGGCCACUUCGACACCGCCGUCGGGGCCAAGCAGGAAGCUGCUAGCUACAAGAAUAUUGUUGAGAAGAUCGGCUGUAAUCCUGAAGAUGUUCUGUUUCUCACUGAUAUUCUUAAAGAGGCAGAGGCGGCGCGCGAGGCAGGCGUGAAAGCGGCGCUGGUCAGCCGCGAGGGCAAUGCCCCGCUGCCGGCCGAGGCAUCCUCCUUCCCCGUGCUACACAGCCUGGCCGAGCUCACCGUCUCCAACAAACGCAAGCCGGAACCCCAGGAGACCGAAACACCUGCUAAAAUCCUCAAGACUGACGUAGAAGAUAACGUGAAGGCUUCUUCUGAGGCAGCACCGCCAGCGGCUGCUGAGACAGCUGUAGAAAAAGAAGCCGAAACAGAGAAAAUGGAGGUUGAAGACAAUGGCACCUCAAAUGAUGGAUCGAACGAUGUCCCGAUGAAUGAACAAGUCACCGUAGAGGAGCUGGAUUCAAACGAAGCCACCUCCAUUGCUUCCGUGUGCAAUCUGGAGCCAGUCGUGGAGGAGAAAGAGGAAAAGACUGAAGAGAAAGGGACUGAAACAAAGAAAUCUUCCCUAACAAAUGGCAAGGGCGUUGAUGUCCCCGUGCCCGAGGAGACCCCGCCCGCUACAGAGACAACAAUCACUGAAAUAGAGGAAAUAGUAGACCUUGAGAAGCCGUUGUCUGAUGCUGCCGAGGUUAUUGAGAACAUUGAGCCAGUUGUAGAAGAACCAGACGCGGAUAUGGAAGUGUUACAAAACGUCGGCGAAGUAUUAGAGAAGGAAUGCGACGAGAUUCUCUCUAAAGUAAAUAAUGUCACCAACAUCGACAACAUUCCAAGUAAUGCCAGUAAACCGCAUUUGAAUACGAUUGCCGAAGAAACUAUGGAAACUGAAAAUACAGAUACGAACGAUAUUGUCGAAGGAAUAUUAGAUUCAGAAUUGGAAAUCGAAAUGAAACAGUGCGCAGAUAUUGACUUGAACACUGUAACAGAAAUGACAGAAUCCGAAAAGGCUAAUGUAGAAGAGAAUGGCGUAAAGGAAGCUAGUCCUACAGAUAAGAAUACUCCCGAAGAAGUGACCACAGAAAAUAAAGUAGAAAAAGUCGCUGAAACUAAAGUAGAAAAAGAAACAAAAGUAGAAGAAACUGAAAGUAAAGUCGAAAAAGAAUCUGAAACCAUAUUGGAAAAGGUUAAGGAAAGUUCAGUGGAAAAAGUAACAGAAAGCACAGAAGAAAAAGUCGUAACUAAUUCAGUGGAAAAAAUUGAAGAAAGCAAAGAAGAAAAGGUAACAGAAAUCCCAGUAGGGAAAGUCGCAGAAACCGCAGUGGAAUCUACAGAUAGCCCAAUGGAAAAAGACACAGAAAAGACUGAAGAAAAAGUUGCAGAAAGCAGCCCCAUGGAUACAGAAGCAGAGACACCUGGAGAAUCUAAAGUAAAAGAAGCGCAAAACGUAGAAUCCGAAAGCAAAGAAAGUGUAGAUGUAAAAUCAAAUGAAGUUGAACCAGCAAAAGACAAAGAAGAGGAUAAAACGGCAGACACAGUGACUGAAGAGGUCAAACCUGUAUCAGAAGCAAAAGAAACUGAAAAGGUAGCAGACGAGGCGAAAACAGUUGAACCUGUUAAAGAAGAAGCGCAGUCCGUCGAGGAAGUAAAAGCUGCAGAACCUACACCACAGAACAACACAGAUGCUGAGGUGAAGGAGCCACAACUAAACGGUAAUGCGACGAACGGGAACACUGAGAAAGUUAUGAAUGGAGAUGCGAGCAAGGAUGAGGAGUUAAACGCACGACUUUCGGUGGAAAAUGGCAAUGGCAAAGUGAACGGUUCUAAUGGAGACUCGAUGGAUGGUGAGAAGGGACAGGGCGACUGCAAGACAGACGCAGAGGUGAGCGACAUCAAAGUCAAGACCGUUACCACCGACGAACCCCGCACUGAUCCAAUAGAGCAGCCUACAGAAGCAUAAGAUAACUUGUGACGGGACGGUUGGGAAGAGCGGGUUGUCGUAUCGUAGUCGGUUCACAUCGGAAGAUAGACAAGACUGAGGUUGCUUCCACAUUGACAUCACUUCCUAGUUUAUAUGUGUAUUGAAUUAUUGAACUUUACUGUGUACCGCGUGACGACGGCGGUGAGCGCUACCUUUUUACUAUUACAAAGCACAAUACGUACAUUCAUACAUAGUUUCACUGUAAAUUAAAAAAGACGGGAACAGGAGAUCGUUAAGAAAAAGCUAAUUUGUACUAUGAGCUUAUAACGAAUUUCCAGUAAGUUAUACUCGUAAGUCUCGUAACGUCAAUUUACAAUUUAAUAGUUCCAUCGCAUCAUUAUGAAGUUUGAAACACCGUACUUAUUUACUUCUAAUUUUCAUAAGUUACGACAAAUAUACAAAAAAAUAUAUAUUUGAAAAUAUCUUAAAUGUACAGUCACGAAGGAAAGUUAAACUCUGUCCACAGUUUUACAACUAAAUUGAUUUUAAAAUAGUUCGCCUUUUCAAAUUGGCCAGUAUUAAACUCCAUUUACAAUCAGAUUUUUGUGUUCGAUGAAUUUAUAUUGAAUAAUGUUUUCGCCGUCUUCCAAUGCCAACCUGCGCGCGUGCCAAAUCCACUAUCAAAGCUGGCUAAUUUAGGUACCUAUGUGAUUUCAAAACGUGUAUCUGAAAUAAUCGACCUAUGUACUCCGGUCAUGCAAAUCGUAUCUAAUUAAGCGUUCUACUGCUGUCACAUAACUAUUCUCUUCAGAGGUCCAGUGAACUAGCAAUGGUGUUAAAUCGGGCCAAGACGAACAAAAGACUGGUUGCUUUUUCGCCCAAGCACAAUGAUACUACAUACUCAUCACAUAAUAUGAUAAAAGGAGGCCACAAAAGGAUCACAAAAGUUACACGCAUAUUUGUAUUCAAUGUAUUGUUCAUCAUAGGUUUACGGAUAUUUGCUAUUAUAAAAACAUAACUAUGCAUUUAAUAUACAUUUAUACAAUAACUCAUUUUAAGUUAAUUUAACGCAAUUUAAGUUAAAUAUUAUAAAAUAAUGUGCUAGUUAUAUUAAGCGCAGCGCACGCCGUCUGUCGUCGUUUCUCGUAUUUUGAAUAAGGUAAGUUUUAUUCGUAAGUAAUAACUGUAUUGUGAUUCUUAAUUAUCGUAUGUAUAACUGUAUUUUCUGAACUUCAUCCACUGCCAAAUUCGCGCUUUCCUUUGAAGUUGGGUGUGAGCAUUAAUUGUGAUAUUGUAACGAGUUGAAGACUGUUUGUAAAUUAAACUAGCGGCGCCGAGGGAGGUCUGAUGAUGUGUUCAUUGCCUGCGAACAUUAUUGCGUCAAGACGGACCAAGUCUCGGAUCUUGACAGUUUAUAUCUUAAGUACGGAAUGCUUCUACUUUUAUGCCUCGUCUACACGACGACUACGGGCGAGCAUGAUCAAACAACGAAGUGAUCGGCCUUUACAGCCGAGUAUGCCGAUCGCGUUCGUCUGUAGUCGCCGAUUGUGUAGAGGGGGCAAUAUAUACCUCAAUUGUUCCACCAUUUUGUCGUUAACAUUAGGAUAAAAACACAUCCAUAAAGGAUCCCAAAUUUUAUUACCAAAUCAGGCAAAUCUCUGUGCCGCUAUCUUAGUAAUUUAAUCGGGCUGUGCUGGAUGCUGGAUGCGAUCCGAGGAGAGAAGGGUAAUCAUUUUGUAAAUAUUGAUUGCAUCAAUUCUGUAGUAUUAAAUAUGCACAAAUUGAAAAUUGUGCUAUAUCUGAUAUCUUUGUAAAAAUAUACGUGCGUUGCACAGAAGGGGAGAGACUGUUAUAAAAUUUGCAUAGUAGCUUUGUAUACGGGCGACGUUCCUAUGAUAGACUACAUUUUUCUCCAAAAAUGCCAAUUAUCAAAUGUAUUGUUAAGGACAACUAAUGAUAUCUACGACUAGUGCUAGUCAAAUAUCUUGCGUAAUCUCAAGCUGUAUUUUUGCAGUAUUACACUUUUUACCAAUUGACUGAUUUACUAAAAAAAAAAUUUUUGUUGGUUCUAUUUUGUAAUUGUUAUGUUAUUUUUAUUUUUUAAACUCUUAAGGGUUAGGGCUAUGUAAGGGAAGGUACAGUGUGGAUACGAUUUCAUACACCAACUUCAAAUGGAAGCACGAACUACUUUGUUUAGACUGAUUUUUUACUGAUUCAAAACUAUUUUCUAGUCAACCGUUAUUUCGAAUAGCUUAGCUUAACCUAUCACGAUACUUUAAAUGAAACUGUAUUGUUUUGAUACUCGGGUCAAUCUUUGGAUGCUUUUUAUUUUUUAGAACAUUUUACUUCAUAAAUUGUGGUUGAGAUACAUGUCAAUUAUUAAUUGGUUGCUGAAAUUGAUGUUCAUGGCUAGAUAUUAUCUAAUUUUUCGCAGUAUCAGAUAGUACUUUAUAAAAAUGGUCUUGUGAACAGAUAUUUUUUUAACCAACGCCGCAAUACAUCACUGAGAUUCUUUGCAGCACAGUUUGUUCAACUUUCGCAGUGACUGAUAUGUUUGGUUACAUUUUUUUUGAUUAUUUAAGUUAUUUAGCCUUAGUUGUGAUGUGAAUCUCCGGGAUUGGAGACCGCGAGCCAAUCAGUCGGGUCUUACAGUUGAGAGUGAUUGUAUUUUCCAUUCCUCUAUCGGCUCUUGGACAUAACGGUUGUAUGGAAAAUAGAUAAUAAUUUAAGAAUUAUUAUUUUAAGUCCAUGUAUUUUCUUUGUAAAAAUGAACAAAUCUCCGACGCAAUUGAAAUGUAUUAAUUUUAAUUGUCACCACUUAUGACGUUAAAUAUAUUGGAUGUAGAAUUUUUAGAA